AUGGUGGAGCUAGAGAGAGAGUUUAUGGGCAAAACACAACCCUCAAACCACUUUUGCUCUCAAGAAACCUACGUAGUCGCCAUUGCUUCCUACUUCGACCAGCCCUACCCUUCCCUUUUCCCCAACGUAGGAGGAUCUGUCGACGACUUCUCUACUUCAUCCGUUCAACAGAUCGUCGAUCACUGCCUCUACGAUACCAUCAACUGCUCCAGACCUGUGAACAACAUGUCUAAAUCUCGCGUCUACACGAUGUCAAUGUUGUUCGCCCUAUGGAAUACUAGGAUUAAGAAGAACUUACUGUUCAGUGGGGCAUCAGGAGUCCCUAGCUACUAA